AUGCACUAUAACAGCCUGGAGCAGCUGUGCAUCAACUUCACCAACGAGAAGCUGCAACAGUUUUUCAACCACCACAUGUUCGUGCUGGAGCAGGAGGAGUACAAGAAGGAAGGCAUCGAGUGGACGUUCAUCGACUUCGGCAUGGACCUGGCGGCCUGCAUCGAGCUCAUCGAGAAGCCGAUGGGCAUCUUCUCCAUCCUGGAAGAGGAGUGCAUGUUCCCCAAGGCAACAGACACCUCCUUCAAGAACAAGCUGUACGACCAACACCUGGGCAAGUCCAGCAACUUCCAGAAGCCCAAGGUGGUCAAAGGCAGGGCUGAGGCCCACUUCUCCCUGGUCCACUACGCAGGCACCGUGGACUACAGUGUCUCGGGCUGGCUGGAGAAGAACAAGGACCCCCUGAACGAGACUGUCGUUGGGCUGUACCAGAAGUCCUCCAACAGGCUCUUGGCACACCUCUAUGCCACCUUUGCCACGGCAGACGCUGAUAGCGGGAAGAAGAAAGUUGCCAAGAAAAAGGGUUCUUCCUUCCAAACUGUCUCUGCCCUUUUCAGGGAAAAUCUGAACAAGCUGAUGUCCAAUUUGAGAACGACUCACCCUCAUUUUGUGCGUUGUAUAAUUCCCAACGAAACCAAAACCCCAGGGGCCAUGGAACACAGCCUGGUCCUGCACCAGCUGCGCUGCAACGGCGUCCUGGAGGGCAUCCGCAUCUGCCGGAAGGGCUUCCCCAACAGGAUCCUCUACGGGGACUUCAAACAAAGAUACCGAGUGCUGAACGCCAGUGCGAUCCCCGAGGGGCAAUUCAUCGACAGCAAGAAGGCCUGCGAAAAGCUCCUGGCAUCCAUCGACAUUGACCACACGCAGUACAAAUUUGGACACACCAAGGUGUUCUUCAAGGCUGGCUUGCUGGGGACCCUGGAAGAGAUGAGGGACGACCACCUGGCCAGACUGAUCACCCGCACGCAGGCCGUGUGCAGGGGCUUUCUCAUGCGCGUGGAGUUCCAGAAGAUGGUGCAGAGGAGGGAGUCCAUCUUCUGCAUCCAGUACAACAUCCGCUCUUUCAUGAACGUCAAGCACUGGCCCUGGAUGAAACUCUUCUUCAAGAUCAAGCCCCUCCUCAAGAGCGCGGAGACAGAGAAGGAGAUGGCCACCAUGAAGGAGGAGUUCCAGAAAACCAAAGACGAACUCGCCAAGUCAGAGGCAAAAAGGAAGGAGCUGGAGGAAAAGUUGGUGACUCUGGUACAAGAGAAGAAUGACCUGCAGCUCCAAGUACAAGCUGAAAGUGAAAACUUGUUGGAUGCCGAGGAAAGAUGCGACCAGCUGAUCAAAGCCAAAUUCCAGCUCGAGGCCAAGAUCAAGGAGGUGACUGAGCGAGCUGAGGACGAGGAAGAGAUCAAUGCUGAGCUGACAGCCAAGAAGAGGAAACUGGAGGAUGAAUGUUCAGAACUCAAGAAAGACAUUGAUGACCUUGAGCUGACACUGGCCAAGGUUGAGAAGGAGAAGCAUGCCACAGAGAACAAGGUUAAAAACCUGACUGAGGAACUCGCUGGGUUAGAUGAAACCAUUGCCAAGUUAACCAGAGAGAAGAAGGCCCUCCAAGAGGCCCACCAGCAGGCCCUGGAUGACCUCCAAGCUGAAGAAGACAAAGUCAAUUCUUUGAGCAAAAUCAAGAGCAAACUGGAACAGCAAGUGGAUGACCUGGAAAGCUCCCUAGAGCAAGAAAAGAAGCUCCGUGUAGACCUGGAAAGGAACAAAAGGAAGCUGGAGGGAGACUUGAAGCUUGCCCAAGAGUCCAUAUUGGACCUGGAGAACGAUAAACAACAGCUGGACGAAAGGCUCAAGAAGAAGGAUUUUGAAUAUAGCCAACUGCAAAGCAAAGUGGAAGAUGAGCAGACGCUGGGCCUCCAGUUUCAGAAGAAAAUCAAAGAGUUACAGGCUCGGAUCGAGGAGCUGGAAGAGGAGAUGGAGGCGGAGAGGGCCGCCCGCGCCAAGACGGAGAAGCAGCGCGGCGACUACGCCCGGGCGCUGGAGGAGCUGGGCGAGCGGCUGGAGGAGGCGGGCGGCGUCACCUCCACGCAGAUCGAGCUCAACAAGAAGCGCGAGGCCGAGUUCCUGAAGCUGCGCCGGGACCUGGAGGAGGCCACGCUGCAGCACGAGGCCACGGUGGCCACGCUGAGGAGGAAGCACGCGGACAGCGCGGCCGAGCUGGCGGAGCAGAUCGACAACCUGCAGCGGGUCAAGCAGAAGCUGGAGAAGGAGAAGAGCGAGUUCAAGCUGGAGAUCGACGACCUGGCCGGCAGCGUGGAGAGCGUGUCCAAAUCCAAGGCAAAUCUGGAAAAGGUGUGCCGAACCCUGGAGGACCAGCUGAGCGAGGCCAGGGGCAAGAACGAGGAGACCCAGAGGAGCCUGAGCGAGCUGGCGGCACAGAAGUCGCGCCUUCAGUCUGAGGCUGGUGAGCUGAGUCGCCAGCUGGAGGAGAAGGAAAGCAUCGUGUCCCAACUUUCCAGGAGCAAGCAAGCAUUCACCCAGCAGAUAGAAGAGCUCAAGAGGCAGCUGGAGGAAGAGAGCAAGGCCAAGAACGCGCUGGCCCACGCCCUGCAGUCCUCCCGCCACGACUGCGACCUGCUGCGGGAACAGUAUGAGGAGGAGCAGGAAGCCAAGGCCGAGCUGCAGAGGGCGAUGUCCAAGGCCAACAGUGAGGUCGCGCAGUGGAGGACCAAAUACGAGACGGACGCCAUCCAGCGCACAGAGGAGCUGGAGGAGGCCAAGAAAAAACUUGCUCAGCGCCUUCAAGAUUCCGAAGAACAGGUUGAGGCAGUGAAUGCUAAAUGUGCUUCCUUGGAGAAGACCAAGCAGAGGCUGCAAGGAGAAGUGGAGGAUCUGAUGGUGGACGUGGAAAGAGCCAACUCCCUGGCCGCCGCCCUGGACAAGAAGCAGAGGAACUUUGACAAGGUGUUGGCCGAAUGGAAGACCAAGUGCGAGGAGAGCCAGGCGGAGCUGGAGGUGUCUCUGAAGGAGUCCCGCUCCUUGAGCACGGAGCUCUUCAAACUGAAAAACGCCUACGAGGAAGCCUUGGAUCAACUUGAAACCGUGAAACGGGAGAAUAAGAACUUAGAGCAGGAGAUAGCGGAUCUCACAGAACAAAUCGCUGAAAAUGGCAAAACCAUCCACGAACUGGAGAAAUCAAGAAAGCAGAUCGAGCUGGAGAAGGCUGAUACCCAGCUGGCUCUGGAGGAGGCGGAGGCUGCUCUCGAGCAUGAAGAAGCCAAGAUCCUCCGAAUCCAGCUCGAACUGACACAGGUGAAAUCGGAAAUCGAUAGAAAGAUCGCCGAGAAGGACGAGGAGAUGGAGCAGCUGAAGAGGAACUCCCAGAGGGCGGUGGAGUCCAUGCAGAGCGCCCUGGACGCCGAGGUGCGCAGCCGCAACGAGGCCGUCCGGAUCAAGAAGAAGAUGGAGGGGGACCUGAACGAGAUCGAGAUCCAGCUCGGCCACGCCAACCGCCAGGCGGCAGAGACCCUCAAACACCUCCGGAGCGUCCAGGGGCAGCUGAAGGACACCCAGCUCCACCUGGACGACGCUCUGCGGGGCCAGGAGGACCUGAAGGAGCAGCUGGCCAUGGUUGAGCGCAGAGCCAACCUGCUGCAGGCCGAGGUGGAGGAGCUGCGGGCCACGCUGGAGCAGACGGAGAGGAGCAGGAAGGUCGCAGAGCAGGAGCUCCUGGACGCCAACGAGAGAGCGCAGCUGCUGCACACCCAGAACACCAGCCUCAUCCACACCAAGAAGAAGCUGGAGACAGACCUCACGCAGCUCCAGAGCGAGGUGGAAGACGCCAGCAGGGACGCAAGGAACGCCGAAGAGAAGGCAAAGAAGGCCAUCACCGACGCCGCCAUGAUGGCCGAGGAGCUGAAGAAGGAGCAGGACACCAGCGCCCACCUGGAGCGGAUGAAGAAGAACCUGGAGCAGACGGUGAAGGACCUGCAGCACCGUCUGGACGAGGCCGAGCAGCUGGCGCUGAAGGGCGGGAAGAAGCAGAUCCAGAAACUGGAGGCUCGGAUCCGAGAGCUGGAGUUUGAGCUCGAAGGGGAGCAGAAGAAGAACACAGAGUCCGUCAAGGGCCUGAGGAAAUAUGAGCGGCGGGUCAAGGAGCUCACCUACCAGAGCGAGGAGGACAGGAAGAACGUGCUGAGACUGCAGGACCUGGUGGACAAGCUCCAAGUGAAAGUCAAGUCCUACAAGAGGCAGGCCGAGGAGGCUGAUGAACAAGCCAACGCUCACCUCACCAAGUUCCGGAAAGCUCAGCAUGAGCUGGAGGAGGCCGAGGAGCGGGCGGACAUCGCGGAAUCUCAGGUCAACAAGCUGCGAGCUAAGACCCGGGACUUCACCUCCAGCAGGAUGGUGAUCCACGAGAGUGAGGAGUGAGCCAGCCUCCGGAGCAGGACAGAAGAUAUGCAAAAUGUGUAUUUUCACGGUUCCUGCUCACUACAACUUAGUUUCCAUGUGACUCUUUUUCACAUGCAAUAAACUUUGUUUUGUUUUCACCUGG